AUGGUCUCUCUACCAGACAUCCAGUCCUCCAAUGCCCAAAUCGCUAGCACCCUCCCCGCAGGCCUCGUCGCCGUCUUCGUAGGCGCAACAAACGGCAUCGGGGAAACAGCGCUAAAAGAAUUCGCCCGCUCAGCCCGAUCACCUCGCGUGUAUUUCAUAGGCCGCGUCGAAGAAGCCGCAGCCCGCAUCACAGCCGACUGUCGACAACUCAACCCCGAGGGAGAAUUCAACUUCAUCAAAGCAGACAUCAGCCUCAUCCGCAAUGUCGACAAAGUCUGUCACGAUCUUCAAAGUAAAGAAAAGACCAUCAAUCUCCUCUUCCUGAGCUGCGGAACCAUCAAGUCAGGAGUGGAUACAUCCGAAGGCCUGCACAUCCUUCCCGCAACUGCAUACUACGCCCGCACCCGCUUCGUCUCCAACCUCCUCCCGCAACUCAAGCAAGCAACCAGUCUCCGACGGGUCGUCACCGUCGUAGCCGGCGGCCACGAGGGACCAAUCGACACAACCGACUUCCAGUUCCGGAAACUGUCGGGUCUCAAGGUGCGCGGACACCUUACAUCCAUGACCGACAUGGCGCUGGAAUCGCUCGCCGAGCAAGCGCCCGAAGUGGCUUUUAUCAACGAUUACCCCGGCACCGUCAGAUCGGGGAUUACGCGCGAGGUGAAUCGUCUCUUUACUUGGUUCCUGAGUAUCGUGCUUUGGGUUAUCGGGCCGUUGAUUUAUAUCCCGACGCGAGAGUCGGGGGAGAGGCAUUUGUUCUUUGCGACUAGUGCGAAGUAUCCCCCUCGGGCUCGGUUGGAUGAUGCGGAUGGUGUUGCUUUGUCGGAGGGGGUUGAGGUUGCUAGGGGGACUGAUGGAGAGGUUGGAAGUGGUGUUUACAGUAUUGGUUGGACGGGGGAGGAUUCUGGUCCGCAGGUUGUGGAGAUUCUGGCUGGACUUCGGGCGCAGGGAAUGAGGCAGAAGGUUUGGGAGCAUACGGUUGGAGAGUUUGAUAGGAUUUUAGGAUCGGUGGAGAAUUGA